AUGAAUGUUUGUCAAAAACAUCAAUUUGGAGACAAUCUAGCUUGCUUAGAUUGCAAUAUUUUUUUUUGCUUCAAAUGUGAUUCGAAUCAUUUUGAACACAAUAUCCAAGUAUGUCACUUUGUAGAAACAGGAAGACAAGUGGACCUAAAUGAAAUGUGGCAAUUUUAUGUUCAGGAAAUGAAGAGACUAGAAUCAAUGAAAGAGCAUUUAUUCUAUGCCAAUCAAGAUAUAAUUGAUAUUCAAGAAGACUUCAUUGCAUUGGAUCGUUUAUAUUCUCUGUUGAUCACACAUCACAGGGAUUAUAUGGAGAAGAUCUUAGCAGAAGAAGAGGAGGAAAGAAAACAAAAACAACAAAGAAAACUAUUUAAAAAAAAUAUUAAAUGCAGCUUUAUAAGUAUAUUGUCUUUUGCGAUCAAUAAUGUAAUCAUCACACGAUCAAUAGUAAUAUUCAUCAUUUUUAUUAAUCAUAUAUCACCAAACAAUACAGGUACUCCUUUAUUAAAAGAAACUUAG